CUCGGGAGAGAGAUGAGUGGAAAUUAGUGUGUGUGUUCAGGGCCAUUGGUUUUGUAAUUGAGCUGUUGAUGUAUUUUCUAAGUGUCCCUUCAGGAGAAAGGCGAAACUGAUGGAAUUUAAGAGGAAAUAAUUGAAUGGAAGGAUGAAGAGGUGCAGUGUCAAAACUUAAAAACUAUUAAUGCCUUGAGAUAGUCAUAGUACAGAUGAAGCCAAACUUUAAAGGAUGUGGAGGUGUGAAAGUCAGGAGUCAUCAUCCCAGGACCUGCUGGAGACCACAAGAAAACAUGGGGAGAAUUUUCCUCACAGGAGAAAAAGCCAAUUCAGUAUUAAAACGCUACCCAAGAGCUAAUGGAUUUUUUGAGGAAAUAAGACAGGGCAACAUUGAGCGUGAGUGCAAAGAAGAAGUCUGCACAUUUGAAGAAGCGAGAGAAGCUUUUGAAAAUGAUGAAAAAACUAAGGAGUUCUGGAGCACGUACACAAAAGCACAACAAGGAGAGAGCAACAGAGGAAGUGACUGGUUUCAGUUUUACCUUACCUUCCCAUUGAUCUUUGGCCUCUUCAUUAUCCUCCUUGUCAUUUUCCUCAUCUGGAGAUGCUUCCUGAGAAACAAAACUCGCAGACAGACAGUGACUGAAGGCCAUAUUCCUUUCCCUCAGCACCUCAAUAUCAUCACCCCGCCUCCCCCACCAGAUGAAGUGUUUGAUAGCAGCGGAUUGUCACCAGGCUUUCUGGAAUAUGUGGUUGGGCGCUCCGAUUCGGUCUCCACCCGCCUGUCCAACUGCGAUCCCCCACCGACCUAUGAGGAAGCCACUGGCCAGGUGAACCUGCGCAGGAGCGAAACAGAACCUCACUUAGACCCACCCCCGGAGUAUGAGGACAUCAUCAACUCCAGCUCAGCCAGUGCCAUCGCUAUGGUGCCUGUGGUCACCACCAUCAAAUGAACCUGCACACUUCUUUUUACUAGAAUCGUUUUUAAAAUACUAAUGCAAGGACUUUCUAGCACUUUACCACUACAUACAUGUGCAUUUGACUUAUUGGACUCUGACAGCAUACCACUUCACACCCUCUGAUUUGAUUUUCAUUAGUUUUGUUUCCUGCUAUUAAAAUCGUUAUCCAUGCUCA